GUUACGUCGUCAUGCCUGAACCAGCAAAGUCCGCUCCGAAGAAGGGAUCCAAGAAGGCCGUCACGAAGGCCGCCGGUAAGGGAGGAAAGAAGCGCAGAAAGUCCAGGAAGGAGAGUUACGCUAUCUACGUGUACAAAGUCCUAAAGCAGGUCCAUCCUGACACCGGGAUCUCCUCCAAGGCGAUGGGCAUUAUGAACUCUUUCGUCAACGACAUCUUCGAGCGCAUCGCCGGUGAGUCGUCUCGUCUCGCUCACUACAACAAGCGCUCCACCAUCACAUCGAGAGAGAUCCAGACCGCCGUGCGUCUGCUGCUGCCCGGUGAACUGGCCAAACACGCCGUGUCUGAGGGCACAAAGGCCGUCACCAAGUACACCAGCUCCAAGUAAAGUGAAGCUCCAGCUGCACCCAAAGGCUCUUUUAAGAGCCACCCAUGAGCUCAUUUAAAAGAGUUUCUUGUUCUAGGACAAACAAGCAGGUUUCAGUUUCUCUGCAUUUAUGUUUGGAUUCUGAUGGUUUAUUGAGGCUAAAGCUCCAGCCAAAAAUGGGUUAUUUCUGUGGUGGGCGACUUAUACAAAUCUUGGAGUGACUUGUGGCAAGAAAACGCACAUUUGAAGAACACUCUUGAUUACAUUUUGAAGAACAGAUGAAAGAAAAGCCAUUGAUUCGCUGUGUAUUCAGAGGUGCUCUUCCCCCAUAAGCGCAUCACUUCUCAUGGAACACGCAUGCAGUGUGCUCACUGUUCCUGCUGUUUCAGUAAUCUGAAAAUAUUUCCAACUGCAAGAAAAGAGUCGUCCAUGAGAACACGGCAAAUGAUCUCAGACCAUCUCAAGAGCCACCAUGUGCCCCAUGAGUCCAAGCAGAGAAUGUGUGUCCGCUCUCAUGUCCUGACGCAAGGCAUCGUCCAUUUCUUUGCUGUGCUGCAAGAACCUCUCAUCUGCCCUUUCCAAAUAUUGCACCAGUUCUGAGGUACUGUCUCUCUUCCUUUUUCCUGUGUGCAACAAUAAUAGCAGAUGACAGAUCAUCAAUGAUGUGUCAUAGCAUUGCAAAUAAUUAUUUUCUGCCGGGAAUUACGGGUAUGCAUCUGCUAUAUUAGUUAUAUAAAAAAUAUGUAUAGCAUCAUACUACAUCACUAUCACUUCAGAUUUUGCUCAUGUCCAUAAAAAAGCGUCAACAUUAUUUUGUAUAUAGCAAGUUAAUAACUUUUCGGGGCUGGCAAGUUUCAAUCCCUGAAGAAGCCUAUGGACUAGUGGAGGAGUGAUCCAGCUCUCAGAUUUCAUCAAAAACAUCUUAAUUCCUUUUCCGAAGAUGAAGGAAGGUCUUACGGGGUUGAACAACAUGAGGGCGAGUAAAUACUGACAGAAUUUUCAUUUUUGGUUUAACUAACCCUUUAAAUGAAGAAAAAAUAUAAACAUUUCAGUACCUGAUAAUAAAUAGUAAUAUACAGUCACAUCUCAAUGUUUGCAUAGUGUAUGAUGUGACCAUUUGCACACCAAGUCUUACCUCGUUCUGAAGAUGCUUCUCCAGAGCUGCUACACGACGGCACGGGAGAGCUGCAGCCCAGCGGUGGCGGCAACUCAACGUUGUCAUCAUCACGGUCGGUGAUGGCAGACAGUUCUAUAAAAAAAAAAACAAGACAGUGCUUUAAAAAAUAUUGUCCAUUACACUUUACACACUGUUCUGUGCUACUUUAUACAAUGAAAUCACAGAUAAUACAAUCCUAGCUAGACACACUGCAAACACUGAUGUAAGAAAUUAGAACCUCACUAAACAGCUAAGAAACAUGCUCGGAACAAGUAAAAUAAUCUAAAAAACAGAACUUACCAGGAUCGGUGCAACUUUGCUGUAGCGAAUCAUCCACCAUUGACUCGAGCAUUAUUGUUGCCGUGUUCAGCGCCCCGGUCACCUGGCAUGCCGGCCUAUCGCCGAGAACAGAGUCGAGAACGUCGAAAUGUGGGUUUCGACGUGGGCGACCAUUGCCGCUUUGACCAAGGUCCUUUCUUUGGUCCCUGUAGUCCUCCUUUAGUUUUUUAUUUUGUUGCUUAUCUGUUGGAGGUUCCGGUCGAACCCCGCUACAGCCAUCUCUCGCUGAAUUUGCUGCAAAACCGGUUUCGUCCGCGAAGCCCCAUCUAACUUACCCUGGACUUCUGCAGAGGACCAGAGUGCAACAAAGCAGCUUGUUUCCUCCUCUGACCACAACCGUUUUUGUUUAAUCGCGUCCAUCGUGUUUAUCUGCUAAUUCAAAAAUGGCGGCCACAAGUUUCUGUUCGUCUUGAUGGUCACGGUAACCCCGCCCCCAGCCGCUGACGUAAGCGGUUCUUACUUCUAGACCAGCAAUGAUUUGGUUCUACUUAAGAACCACUUUUACCAGCUCUGCCUUGGUGGAAAAGGGGUAGCCGUACUGCUUGUUCAAAGUUCAACCUGUCGAUGUCGACCUUAGAAAACGGUGGCUCGUGAACAUACGCCGAGACAGUUUUUCUGCUUCCAGUCGCACGAAAGUAUGUAGCAGAUAUUUUACCAGCGAUCUGAGGCUCAAUAAGCUGACAACAAAUGGUAAGAGAAGGUUAGUACCUGGUGUGGUGCCAGUACUUGUUGCCUGGAAUGAAUACACUAUUCAACAACCGCGGUCCAGUGUGUGGGAGAGGAGAGAGAGACCUGUUGAUGCUGUCGACGCUGAGCCCGUGCCUAUCGAUAUAACGAUGGAUCAUGAUUACUGUGACGUUCCUGAUCCAUCAUCAUUAGACGUGGCUUGUGCUAAAAUAGAAGAACUCUCCCAUGAAAACGAGGAGCUGAAGAAACAGCUACAGGAGUUAAAGAUUCAGCACGAUUUCGGAUUGCAGAGGUUUGCUGGCUCCGACGAGGACAUUCGAUUUUACACCAGGUAAGUUAACGUUAAGUCUUUUGUUUGCUAUAGAUAAAACCCAUUAUUUGCAUGUAUAUAAAAUGCACAUUAACAAGUUAGGUGAUUAUAUAUUUAUGUUAUUCACAUUAACAUUUUAGGUGAGUAUAUCAUAUAUAUAUAUAUAUAUAUAUAUAUAUAUAUAUAUAUAUAUAUUCACCUAAAAUGUUAAUGUACACUGUGUUUAUGUGCACACACACACGUAUAUAAGUAUACAUAAUACUUGAAGCUGUGCUUAUGCUAUAUCUUCAAACAGGUUCCCCAGCUACCGUCACCUGAUGUCCUUUUGGUGGCUAAUCGAACCUUCCAUCCACAAAAUAAUUUGUGUGUCCAGGUUCAAAGCUGCUGCUAGGAAAAAUGAAGAAAUUACACAUGCACGGCCAUCAGUGCACGGCUGCGAGUGCAUGUGGAACGGGUCAUCAGGAGGAUCAAACAAAAUAAACUGUUUGAUGGGGUCAUCCUGCUUUCCCAUACUGUAAACAUCAAUCAGCUCUUUACAGUUGCAUGCCUGUUGUCAAAUUAUCAGAACAAGGCAUCAGAUAAGACAUGGGUCAAAUAAUGUCCUGUCAUUUCUACUCUUCAGUAAAUAAAACAUAGGCUAGUUGUUAAUAAUUGACUUUAUUCUUGACAAUCUUUUAUUUAUAACAUUUAUUAUAUAACUCUGUAUAAUCUAAAUUGUUGUGAUUUUAUUUAGUUUAAUUUAGACAAGACCUCUGAAUAAAUAUUUGUAAAAAGUAAUUUUAAAAAGUAACAAUUUCAUAAAGAUCACUUUGUACUGUACAUUUAUUUACAAU